CUGCUGCUCCGGGUAGACCAUGCUGAAGAUGCUCUCGUUUAAGCUGCUACUGCUGGCCGUGGCUCUGGGCUUCUUUGAAGGAGAUGCCAAGUUUGGGGAAAGGAGCGAAGGGAGCGGAGCGAGGAGGAGAAGGUGCCUGAAUGGGAACCCCCCGAAGCGCCUGAAAAGGAGAGACAGGCGGAUGAUGUCCCAGCUGGAGCUGCUGAGUGGAGGAGAGAUCCUGUGUGGUGGCUUCUACCCACGAGUAUCCUGCUGCCUUCAGAGUGACAGCCCAGGAUUGGGGCGUCUGGAGAACAAGGUAGGCACUCGUAGAUAUUCCUCUUUGGCCAGAUGCCCAAAUGAGCUGGUUUUGCUAGCACACUUCACGGUUCUAAUGAGUCUUUCUCCAUGUCUGUUUAAAGGUCUUCUUCAAACAACUGCUGAUGAGUUUUGCUUCUACCAUUCGAAAAAAGAUGGCGGCCUGUGCUUUCCAGAUUUCCCAAGAAAGCAAGUCAGAGGGCCAGCAUCUAACUACUUGGACCAGAUGGAAGACUACGAGAAGGCGGAGGAGCUAAGCAGAAAACACAAACACAACUGCUUCUGUGUCCAGGAGGUGGUGAGUGGGCUGCGGCAGCCUGUGGGUGCUGUGCACAGUGGGGACGGAUCCCAGCGCCUCUUCAUUCUAGAGAAGGAAGGGUAUGUGAAGAUUCUAACCCCAGAAGGAGACGUUUUCAAGGAGCCUUACUUGGACAUUCACAAACUUGUUCAAAGUGGAAUAAAGGGAGGAGAUGAACGGGGCCUGCUAAGCCUUGCAUUCCAUCCCAAUUACAAGAAAAAUGGAAAGCUAUAUGUGUCUUACACCACCAACCAAGAGCGGUGGGCUAUCGGGCCUCAUGACCACAUUCUUAGGGUUGUGGAAUACACAGUGUCCAGGAAAAAUCCCCAUCAAGUUGACGUGAGAACAGCCAGGGUGUUUCUGGAAGUUGCCGAACUCCACCGAAAGCAUCUUGGAGGGCAGCUGCUCUUUGGUCCUGAUGGUUUUUUGUACAUCAUCCUUGGGGAUGGUAUGAUCACACUGGAUGACAUGGAGGAGAUGGAUGGGUUAAGUGAUUUCACAGGCUCUGUGCUGAGGCUAGAUGUGGACACCGACAUGUGCAAUGUGCCUUAUUCCAUACCACGGAGCAACCCCCACUUCAACAGCACCAACCAGCCCCCAGAAGUGUUUGCCCACGGGCUCCAUGAUCCAGGCAGAUGUGCCGUGGAUCGACAUCCCACUGAUAUAAACAUCAAUUUAACAAUACUUUGCUCAGAUUCCAAUGGGAAAAACAGAUCGUCGGCCAGAAUCCUACAGAUAAUAAAAGGGAAGGAUUAUGAGAGUGAGCCGUCACUUUUAGAAUUCAAGCCAUUCAGUAAUGGUCCUUUGGUUGGCGGAUUCAUUUACAGAGGGUGCCAGUCUGAAAGAUUGUAUGGAAGCUAUGUGUUUGGAGAUCGUAAUGGGAAUUUCUUAACCCUCCAGCAAAGUCCAGUGACCAAGAAGUGGCAAGAAAAGCCACUCUGUCUGGGCAGCAGCGGUUCCUGCCGAGGCUACUUUACAGGCCACAUCUUGGGAUUUGGAGAAGACGAAUUAGGAGAAGUGUACAUUUUAUCAAGCAGUAAGAGCAUGACCCAGACGCAUAAUGGAAAACUGUACAAGAUCAUAGACCCCAAAAGACCUUUAAUGCCUGAGGAAUGCAGAGUCACAGUUCAACCUGCACAGACCCUGACCUCGGAUUGCUCUCGUCUCUGUCGGAAUGGCUACUACACCCCCACGGGCAAGUGCUGCUGCAGUCCAGGCUGGGAAGGAGACUUCUGCAGAGUUGCCAAAUGUGAGCCAGCAUGUCGUCACGGAGGUGUCUGCGUCAGACCCAACAAGUGCCUCUGUAAGAAAGGCUAUCUUGGUCCUCAGUGUGAACAAGUGGACAGAAGCAUCCGCAGAGUUGCCAGGGCAGGUAUUCUGGAUCAGAUCAUUGACAUGACAUCUUAUUUGCUGGAUCUCACAAGUUACAUUGUAUAGUUUCUGGGACAGUUUGAAUAUUCCUUCCUGGUGGGCAUUUAUUUUGAUCUUGUCAUUAAAAAGAGAGACUAUCCUCCUGCUACACACUCCCAUGAGUUCAUUUUCAUUUAGUAAUUUAAAAGCAGUUUCCAGAAAUGUGCAGAUUUCAGUGUGUAUGUUGGCACAUUUGUUCACAUACACGCAUCCACACGUGCACUCACAGUCCCCAAAUUCAAGGUUGUAUAACAGAUUUUUGUUUUGUUUUGUUUUGUUUUGUUUUUUAAUAUCUACUUCCUGGUGUGGAGUACUUCAUACAGAAGUUCCACUGUGAAUUAUCACAGAGGUUUUUAUGGCAUCAGAAGAUAUUCUUUUAGUUCCCGGGUAAUUUCUGUCUGUAAUUACUAAAGUUGACCAUGGUAGUGUUUUGAAAUGUGUUGUGCAAUGUGGUGGAAAUAUUUUUAUAUUAAAGGUCUAUAAUAAGAGAGCAUGUUUCCAAACUCCUUGGUGAAUUUCUGAACAAGCAAUGUGAUGUAAGUUUGUAAUCUGCAUUUCUGUUGAUGUAUCUUGUUACAGAACGUUGCACACUUACCUUUUUAUUUGGCAGAGCAAUCUGGUUACUUCAGCUUAAUCUCAAGAUGGUUUUCAAAUGUUUUAUGAUUAAAUUAGAAUGACCUAUUUGAAAAAGCAAUCUUCCUGAAUGGACUGCUUCUAGUGUACAUUUUGUGUAACAAUAAGCACUGGGUUUGUGUUGCAUAUUUAUUUUUUUAUUUUAUUUUUAUAAUAUAGACAUCACCUAGAUGAAACACCUUUACCCUGUCCUGUAAAACACUAAAGUUACAUUUUCACCAACUUAAUUGGAAAGAAGGAGAGUAAGAAAGCAAACAGCCUUUAACGUGCUGUGGAUCUAAUCUAGUGUCCUUGUGUCAACACGUAAUCACGCUGGUUGGAUGAAAAGCAAGAAAAAAAGCCAGUCCUUACAGAAUCCCAGCUUUGCACACUUGUAACAUGCUCUCACCAUAGCAAGACUGUCAGAGUCUGUGGGAUUAGAAGGUUCCAGUGUGCACUCUGAAUCCGCCCUCCAUGGAGAAGAGCUUGCUCAUUCACAGUCAACGCAGGCUGUGCGUAAGCUGCCAAACACACAGAUUCUUAAGAUCUUCAUUCUUGGCAAAUCUGACUUCUACUACAUAUGUUCCUUCAGGACGCUGUGACAAUACCCUUUGGUUCUUGCCUCAAUAAAUUUUCUGCAAAUGUUCUGUUCAGAUUUUCUUAAAGAAAUGAUGUACUCUAACUUUAAAUACAAGAGUCUGACAGACAUUUUUUUAAUGGUUUUCCAUUUGCCAUUCUCUCCAUGCUUGGAUUUUAACUAAGUAUAAGGGAUUUUGUACUACUGACCAUGAUAAGCACACACCCUCUACCACAACAUGCAUUUCUCUGGAAUCCAAAUUGUAGACUCACCGAAGUGUUCAGUACUGGCUGCUAUUGCACACAUGCGCCUCAUCCUUAGGAAUAUGAGUCUUAAUUAUGAAACAACAACAACAGGCUCCCAGCUAGUAUUCUUCUGUUGUGAGAGAGCUGCAAUUACAUUGUGGAGUCUAAGGAAUUCUAAGGAAUCCACACCAUGGAACAAUUGGUUGGCUCCACUGCUCCUGUCUUCCAUAUAUGAUACCUUGGGUUUCCAGUGACCUCAUACCAAUGGAAAUGGGUUGAAAAAUCUUGGUGCUUAGUGAACAAUAGCCUGCAUUAAAAAGUGCAUGCAUAAUUUUGCACAAUUUAGGUUCAAUUGACAGUCUAUUCAAAGAAGUCUUGGGACUAAAUGAGCAUGGAGACCAAAUUGCCCUCUUACCCCAGAAAAGGGGUGGUCCCUUCUGGUCUCAGCAGCACUUCAUUGGCCCAACACUGUGACAAAUCUUGCAAUGAACCAUGCAGUAGCCUGCAUCUGUAGGUUAAUAGCAAUCUUUUGUCUCUGUUGCUUUCUCUUCAUAGUCCUUUUACUGAAUUCCAUCACAGAAAGUUUUACAAUUUCAAAAAAGGAAAAACUGCCCUGACAACCUUACUAUCAAAUCAUCCCUUAUUCAUUGUGGUGACACUGGCAGAAUGUGAACAUCUCAUGAAGGAGCCAGCUGUCUAAAUCUGUCAAAUCGUACAGUUUUAUUGCACAUAUCCCCAUUUAUAGUUU